AUGAGACUCUCAUAUCGAGUCGGGUCAGCCGCCCUACUGAUCCUCACCUUCUUCCUGAUCAAGCGUCAUCUCAACACAAUCCAGGAUGACUCGCUGGUGCAGUCCCUUUGGCAGUUCACCAAUGUGCCAGAGGAAAGUCUCCCUGAACCGGUCGUCACCCCGGCGAGCCACCAAGAAAUGAUAUACGCGACACCCACAGCAGGAAAGGAGCCGUCCACGCCCACUUUCGAGACCACUCCGAUCAUCGUUCCCAACGACAGAGUGAUUGUAAUAGCCAAACUGAGCAGGGAAGAUACGGCUUGGGUGGGCAUUGAUCUAGGAGAAUGGCGCAAUUUCAUCUACACCGUCGACGAUCCGAACGCCCCGCGACGCACUCCCAAGAACAAAGGACGCGAAAGCCUUGCCUACCUCCAAUACAUCGUCGACCACUACAACGACCUCCCUUCAAUGAUUGUUUUCCUCCAUAGCCACAAGGCCGGCUGGCCCGCGGCCUGGCACACGGAUACCAUGGACUACAGCAACGUGGACUCGAUCCGAGCGCUGCAGGCCGACUUCGUCCAAAAGAGCGGCUAUGUCAAUCUUCGCUGUCAGGAAACCCCCGGCUGUCCGGAUGAGAUCAGACCGCUGGACGAUCCGCCCCGGCCAGGAAAGCCAAACGAGCGAGCGUAUGCCCAAGCUUGGGUCGACCUCUUCAACAACACCGACAUCCCCGAAGUCAUCGGGGCCCCCUGCUGCUCGCAGUUCGCCGUGUCGCGAGAUCAGGUCCUCAAGCGACCUCUGAGCGACUACCAACGAUACUACGACUGGGUUCUCAACAACAAACUGCCGGAUACCGUCACCGCUUGGAUCAUGGAGUUCAGCUGGCAUAUCAUUUUCGGGAAGGAUCCCGUCUUCUGCCCCGAGGCUUUCCAAUGCUAUCAGGAUGUUUACGGGAGCUCGAAUUUCUGGUAG